CAUUGCCCUUUGUGGAAAACCUAGCUUGAUUUCAUGACGAAAUGUGAAACAAAACAUUCAAUGGUAACCUUUAAGAUGGGGUGGUCUACGUCCCGCAAGCUUGGAUGUGCCAUCGCAAAAUGCGGCGACGACUUUGUCACAUUCUGCCGCUACUCUCCUAGAGGAAACUAUGUGGAGCAGGUUAUUUACAAAAGAGGAACUCCUUGCACAGCUUGUGCAACUGGAUCCUGGUGUACGGAAGAUGCACUGUGUACUCUUGAUUGAAUAA